AUGUCGGACAGUUUUCGGGCGGAACGAGACAGUCCACAGCACGAUGACCUCCCGCAAUGCCUUCUCGUCACGAGGCCGCAGCUGGCGAGGUCAGCUGGGGUCGUCCCCGCCCUCGCAAACGUCUCACUACAGAGCUGUCAGUCCGAUCCACCGCUCUAUCAAGGUCCCUCGCCCCUCCCCCUGCCCUCCCCCACCGCCUACUCGCUCAAAUCGGCUCCCAUUCCCCACUAUUCCCACACCGUAGAGCCCUCAAUGUUUCAAGCAAUUAGCUCCCUUGCCCUCCCACGGUACUUGCCCUCCGUACUUGUCCAUAAUAAGCUCCUUGCUGUAUACCGUAGGACCUACCACGGCGUAGCCGCUAGGUACAGCUCCCUUCCCCUCCCACGCCCAUACCCGUACCUCCCCAAUGCCCUCCCCACCGCCCCACAAACCGUACCCCCUCGCAGGCCCUCCCACCCCAUACCGUAUCCCACGUACCUCCCUUCCACGCCAUUGCUCCCUUGCCCUCACACAACCGUGCGCCCAUACCGCUAG